AUGAGCGGCCUCGUGUGGAGAAGCCAUCUCGCUGCCGACUAUCACCUCCCGUCUAGGUCAUUAAGCCAGUACACCUCUAUAACACCCUUUUUUAUACAGAACCGGCGAACUCGACUAUCCGUACCUCGAAGACAGCCAAGAAGAGGCUAUGCAGCAGUGGCAGAUCCUCCACCGCCGCUGAAGGAGGACAAGAGGGAGCGGGUUGUGGUACUGGGCAGUGGAUGGGCAGGCUAUGUCAUAGCAAGGAAGCUGGAUCCUAAGAAGUAUCGGGCCAUCAUGGUAUCUCCCAGGCCGUAUUUUGUCUUUACUCCACUCCUCAACGACUCUGCAGUCGGCACUCUGGAGUUUCGCAACGUCCUCGAAUCCGUCCGCCGCCGCACCUCCCACAUAGACUAUCUUCAAGGCUGGGCCGACGACAUCGACUUCGCCGCCAAGACGGUGACCGUUGAGCCUAACGUGCUCGACCAGAAUGUGGGCACCGCGCUCGUGGGUGGUAGCCAACGCAACGAAGCCUCUACCACCUCUAUUCCCGCUGACCAUUUUAAUCUUGGGGGCAACGCCCAACCAGGCGGUACUGGUCCGCGUCAAGUCCCUACUUUUCCUAUCAGCUACGACAAGCUGGUGAUUGCGGUGGGCUGUUAUUCCCAAACUUUCGAUACGCAGGGUAUCAGAGAAAACGCACUUUUCCUCAAAGAUGUCAACGAUGCUAGGCGGAUCCGACGGCGCAUCCUCGAUUUGUUCGAACUGUGUCGAAUGCCUUUCAUUCCCGAAUCAGUCAAGCGGUACUUGCUGCACUUUGCCAUCGUCGGUGGUGGACCCACGGGCAUGGAAUUUGCGGCCAGCCUAUCGGACCUGAUCGAUCAAGAUCUGAGUAAGAUCUACCCAGACCAAAUGCAGUAUGUACGGAUCACCCUGUUCGACGUGGCGCCCAAAGUGCUACCCAUGUUCGACAAGAGCCUGGCAGACUAUGCCGUGAAGCAGUACAAGCGGCGAAAUGUAGAAAUCAAGACAAGUCAUCACGUUGUGAGGCUGCGGAAGGGAUUCCCGAAUGACCCCAUCGCCAAGUCCAACCAGGAGGGUCAGGUCAAGCAUCGAGUGUACACCAUUGAGACCAAAGAAGAGGGCGACGAGGGCAUCGGCAUGUGCGUAUGGAGCACAGGUAAUAUGGCUAACCCCUUUGUCUCCAAAGCCCUCGACUCCGUCCGAACCUUCCCCACCUCCUCUGCCACCAUCCUCGACACCGACACGGGUACCAAGAUCGAACACCCAGACCAGCACAAGUGGCUCAUCCAGCGCGACUCCAAAACCGGUCUGAUUCUUGUCGACGACCACUUCCGCGUCCAGCUGCAGACCGGCCCCGCCAAUGGAGCCGCCGACAACAGCGCCAACAACGGCAAAGCCACUGAUGACGACGGCAGCAGCAGCACGACCGCGUCCGCCACAAUGAAUGACGUCUUCGCCAUCGGUGACACCACCAUCAUGGCCAGCGGCCGCCUCCCCGGUACCGCGCAGGUUGCCAACCAGCAGGCCCUGUGGCUGGGCAGCACGCUCAACAGACACCCGGGGGCCGCAGCGUAUGGUGCCGCCGACGGUUUCGGGUUCAAGAACCUGGGCGUCAUGACUUAUUUGGGAGGUAGCAAGGCGGUGCUGCAGGCGCCGAAGGGGGGUGACGAUGGCGGCAGUGGAGGGACGCAGGGCCUGAAGGGGUGGGUGGCCUUCCUGAUCUGGCGGGGCGCGUAUCUAACUAUGACGUUGAGUUGGCGGAAUCGGGUGCUGGUGUUGGUGCAGUGGGCGGCGGUCAAGGUGUUUGGGAGGGAUAUUUCGAGGUUUUAG